AUGGAUAAAAGUAGUAUUGACUUGGUAAAGUUAAGUGAAUUUGCAUAUAAUUUGGAGAAUUGCCAUGAGAAUUUAAAUGCUUUGGGUUAUUUAAAUGAGCUUGAUAAUCAAGCCAGUCUUAAACAAAUCAUUAACAAACUUCCAAAGUUUUUACAAAACAGAUGGAGGACUGAGAACCAAACGAUCAAAGAGGCUGGAGAGGAUGUUAGGCUGAAGGAUGCAGUGCGAUUUGUCAAGAAGGCUGCAGCUGAAGCAUCUGAUCCUGUUUUUGGUGAAAUGGGAAACCCAAAGAAUGACAAGAAACAGGCAUUUCCUUCAAGGCGUAUUCAGGUUAACCAGACGAAUGCGGUAACAUCGCAAAGACCGAACAAGUGCUGGGUGUGUAACAACAAUGAGCACUGGACCGACCAAUGCCAUAAAUUCAAGGAGAUGUCUGUGUCUAACAGGUACGAGCUUUGUAAAAGUAAUCAUGUUUGUUUCUCUUGUUUGAGGAUAGCGGGACAAAAUCAUAGACAAGACAGCUGUAAUCGUAAGAAACAAUGCGGUGAGACAUCUGGUCCGUGUCUAAAGUAUCAUCACAAGAUGCUGCAUGCCGGUGAAAGGGUGCAAGCUUGUUUUACAGGGGUUGCUAAUUUGGAAUGCUUGCAAGAACCAAUGCUGAGGUUGGUUGACGUAGAAGUCAUUAUUGAUGGUAAGGCUCAUUGGGCAAACGUGCUACUCGAUAAUGGAUCCCAAGGAACAUUUGUAAGAAAAGGAUUUGCCAAGGGACUGAAGGGUAAGAAUGUCACGGCAACCAUAACGACAGUUGGCGGAGCGGAAUCUGUGGUGAAUUCUAAGGUUUUGAUAUUGAAGCUUAGGAGUAACAAUGGUAUAGAGAAUGUGACAGCCCUAAUGAUGGAUGACAUCACUGAAGCCAAGGAAAUUCCUGAUGCAGAAUUAAGACACAUUGAAGCUGCUUUUGGACUACAGAAAGCAUCACUCAGAAGAAGAGGGGGAAAGGUUGAUAUGCUCAUAGGUAAUAAUCAUCCUAAGCUGCAUACUGGUGAGAUGUUAGAGAGUGACAACAUGGUUGUACAGAAAUCUCCAUUUGGCUGGACGGUGAUGGGGGGAAAGGUGACAAAUGAUAACCACAACAAUAGUGUUAUGCAUGUUAAAAUUCAUGAGGCAGUUGACUUAACUGAGUUCUGGACAACCGAAUCAAUGGGUGUGAAUCUGAAGACGUGUGAAUGUAAACCAAGGGAUAUUGAUGAGGAACUUGAAGGAAAACUCAUACAAGAAUCAUGUAUGAAGGUAGGCGAACAAUGGCUUAUACCUUACCCCUGGGCUCAAGGUCCGACAGGACUAAUGGAUAAUCGUUAUCAAGCUGAAAGAAUGCUCAUUGGUUUGGAAAAGAGAUUAAUGAAGAAUACAGAACGUGCUAAAGCAUAUGAUCAACAGAUGAGUGAGAUGUUGGAAUUGGCAUUCGCAAGAAAACUGGAGUUAGAGGAGAUGUCUGAUUAUAAGGGACCAGUGCACUACAUACCGCACCAUUCAGUUUUGAAGAAGGGCAGUACGAGUACACCACUAAGGAUUGUAUUCAAUUCAUCAAACAAGCACAACGGACAGUCCCUCAACGACUAUUGGAUGAAGGGUCCAGACAUGCUAAACAAUAUUCAGGGAGUUAUUAUGAGGUUCAGGGAACACAAAGUGGCACUGUGGGGGACAUCUCAAAGAUGUAUCAUCGAAUACUGA